AUGAGGGCCGUUCUGGCUUCGAUAUUGCUGCAGGGAGCACGGGCAUGUCUCGAAGCGUCGAUACUCAAGGCUGGUGACAUCAGCGUGCAAAUCAGCAGCCUGGUCAUGAACGACAAGGGCGGCUGGGCGGCGGCCGGCUCGGGCCCCACCAAGUACUCCCUUCCGACGCCGGGCCCUCUGCAGUACCUUCUGGCAUACGGCGGCAAGGGCGCGGACGGCAAGGGGCAGGCGUUGUGCCUCCAGAGCCUGUCGGGCAUUGACCCCUGCCGCCGGCAGGACAACGCGACCAAUAGGACCCAGCUAUUUGGGCAGGGGAGCCCCGGCGACUGCUUCGACUUCAAUACAGGCGCCACCAAGCUCGUGCGCAAGGCCUUGGCCUCCCGGCUCGCCGGCGUGGCGUGCCCCAACUCGAAGGACAGGGCUCAGGGGGCCGUCAGCACCGAGUGGCGGCUGGCGCAGGGCCCAAAGGGCAGCUUGACCCUCACAAUGAUGGAGGACAAGCAGCAACCGGCGUGCAAGGGCGCGAAGCAGACGCGGACCCAGCGGACGGAGACCACGACCCUGAAGCUGCUCACCGGCUGCCUGCUCGGCACGACGCCCCCAAACUGCACGGCGGGCGUCAAGUCCUGCCGGGCGUGCGGCGCUGGCCAGGUGCUGUGGAGCAACUUUGACCAGAACGCGCAGGAGCAAAUAGAGAUUUGCCUUGAUCAAUCCGCGACCUGCAAGGUCGGCCCCGAGUUUACAGGCUGCCCGCCGGGCUUCUACGGCGCGGCCAUCGCCCCCAAGGCAUCAGACGGCGUGCAGUGCCGUCCCUGCGCGCCUGGGACGUUCAGGAGCGCCGACGACGGCCCCGGCGGCGACGGGUCGGCGUCGGCGCUGCUGAGCAGCUGCCUCGCGUGCCCCUCUGACAAAGACUCGGGCUGGGCCGCCGCCGGCUGCCGGCCGUGCCCGCCCGGCACCAUCGCCAAGCGGAACAGCUCGCCGCUGCAGUGCACGCCCUGCGUGGUGGGCACGUACCUGCCGCCCACAAAGCCGAGCUGGGCGCCCCAGGACAGUGAUCAGUGCCUCGACUGCCCCCAGGGGAUGUACCAAGACCAGGCCGGCAGUCAAUCCUGCAAGGUGUGCACGACCGCGUGGCGCUGCUUCCCGGAGCGCGCGGUGCAGCUGGGCAAAUUCUCAGAGGUGCCCUUCCGCUUCUUCGGCCCCGCGGGCCACCCCCAGUGCGCGAGCGUGGACGGCAAGACAUGCCUGAAGAAUGCAACUUGCACCGACGACAAGCUGCAAAUGGUGCGGGACCUGGAAGCUGCCGGGCAGCUGAAGCCCCUGACAUGCGGCCCCCUGCACGCCGCCAAGUGGGCCGGGAGCACCGGCUACUCAGAGGGGCCCGGGCACUGGUGCAACGUGCUGCUGUACGACUUCUUGCCCGCGGGCGCCAAGGCCCCGGCCGGGAUCUACAACACCAGCUUCUGGGUGCAGCCGCCCAAGCCCGCAGACGAGACCGUCACGGGCGCAGACUCGCCAGAUGAGUGCCAGCCGCGCACCGGCUGGUAG